AUGCUCACGGAAUGUGAGAAGCGACUCGGCGAAGGCCUUCUGCGCCUGCCGGCGAAGCACAACUACCGCUACGGUCCCGAAGCGGAGCGGGAUCUGCUGGAACUGCUAUUCCUCUCUCUCGCGGGACAUGAUACCGAACGCCUGCAGCUCCUGUUCCCAGAUGGACCGCCGACCGACGGACGAUGGAAGCUAGCGGAGGCGCAGGGGGCCAAGGAAGGUGCAGAAUACAGCGAAGCUGCCCGAGGGAAGAGGUGCGGGCACAUCUUUCGGGCCGGAGAAGGGACAUACCGCUGCCUUACCUGCGCCGCGGAUGACACGUGCGUUCUGUGCAGUCGCUGCUUCGACGCCUCGGAUCACACUGGUCACCAGUACCAGAUCUCGCUAUCGUCUGGUAACUGUGGAUGCUGUGACUGCGGUGAUGAAGAGGCAUGGCGGGUGCCCCUGUGCUGUGCAAUUCAUACCGAUAAAGGCGACACGAAAGGGAAAGAGCGUGAAAAAGCCCCGUUGCCGCAAGAAUGGGUGGAUGAUAUCAGGACAACAAUUUCGAGAGCGCUUGAUUACUUCUGCGAUGUUAUCUCGUGUUCACCGGAGCAGCUGAGGCUGCCCAAGACGGAAGAAGGAAUCCGGCACGAUGAGGAGGCAUCACGACUACAUUCAGGGUGGUAUGGCGAGGGCGACAAGCCGGAAGAGGAGCCGGAGUUUGCUCUCGCACUUUGGAACGAUGAGAAGCAUACCAUUCGUGAUGUAGCUCACCAGGUUACACGGGCGUGUAGGGAACGAGACAGCUUCGGCUAUGCCAAAGCACACGAGACGAACGAUAUCGGCAGAAGUGUGGUCAAGUAUUCCAAGGAUCUGGGAAGACUACUACAAGUGUCCAAGACCAUUGAACAGAUCAAAGUCACGGUGACAAUACGCUCUUCCCGAGAUACCUUCAGGGAGCAGAUGUGCGGGACGAUUGUUGAGUGGCUUGCCGAUAUUGCCGGCUGCAGCUUCGGUGACGACAAUGAGAUCCUGCGCCUUGUCGUCUGUGAGGAGCUUCUACGACCUUGGCGGCGGGGCAGUGGCGCGUACAAUGCGGAUAUCGGAAUGAGGGGCAUUGACGACCAUGAGAGGACCGACCAUGGGCCUUAUCGAGCAAUUACAUUGACAGUGUCGCCUCAAGGUCAGGUUGUUCUAGCUUCAGAGGAGGAUGAGGAAGUCGAGGAAAAUGGUGAGGAGCAAGGCCAGAAUGGAGAGGAAGAAGAGGAGUACGUCGAAGGACAUGAGGAGGAAGAAGAGGAAGAAUAUGAUGAAAUGGAAAUUGACCUGGACCGGCUUCGAGAGGAAGUCGAAAACGACCAGCAGGGCGACAUGGAAAUGGGCAACGCAGAUGAUGAACUCGAGGUCGCUGAGGCGACCCUGGCUGGAUAUCCUCCUCCACCGCCGCCACCUCCUCCACGCCAAGGUGAUGGUACGCAAGGGCCAGCUGAGGAAUCUGAAUCUGGAGACAGAACGCCUCAGCCCGAAACGUCACAUGUCAAAAUCCCCAGGACUCCCACAAUCUCCGUCAAGCCUCCGCCUGCGAAGACCCCAAGUCAUUGGCAGGCUCGGUCAGCCAUUCCCCCACAAGGAGACGUCCCUCCCUAUGAAGAUCUCAGCCAGCGCACUCGCUUAGACUGGAUGAUCCUGUUCGAUCUCCGAUUGUGGAAAAAGGCUAGGACAGAUCUUCGAGACCUGUAUAUCAGCACUGUGGUCAAUGUCCCUCAGUUUAAGCGGAUCCUGGGUCUGCGUUUGUCGGCGCUCUACACUGCUCUGGCCCAAUUGUAUCUGAUUGCCGAUCGAGAACCGGAUCAUUCGAUCGUCAAUCUCUCUUUGCAGCUCCUCACGACUCCAUCCAUCACGGAGGAAAUUGUUCAACGGGGAAAUUUCCUCACCAAAGUCAUGGCUAUCCUCUACACCUUCCUCACUACUCGGCAAGUCGGCGAGCCUCAUGAAGUGAACCCAACGGCAACCCUGGCCUUCGACGCUGGGUCGGUGACCAAUCGACGUCUCUAUCACUUCUUCCUCGACCUGCGGUAUCUGUUGCAAUCCGAGUAUGUGCAGAAGCGCAUUCGCAAUGAAGACCAGUAUCUGUUGCAAUUCCUUGAUCUCGUGAAGCUACCGCAGGGAAUCUGUCCCAACGUGCGCGCAGUCGGCGAACAUGUAGAAUACGAGACAGAUGCGUGGAUCAGCGCUUCUAUCCUGAUGAGGGAAAUCAACCGGCUCUGCCGUCAGUUCUGUGAAGCAUUUCGCCAUCCGGAGGCCGCUGGCGAGAAUCUUAUACGUGCAAUCAAGGCCGCUGCCAUCUCGGCCAUUGUCCACUCGACCGGCGUGGAGAGAAAGCGAUUCGACCAAGCCGAAAUUAAAGAAUACGUUCGCUUCAAGUUACUGCCGUGCUUCGAUUUUGAGGUCCAGCCCUCAGGACAGAUUCCACGUCACCGCGUGGUGGACUUUGUUGUUGAAAAGGGCUCGAUCAGUUUCCAUCACGCCCUUCAUUACACGCUUUCAUGGCUGCUCGAAUGUGGCAGGGGAAUGAGCAGCGAAAUGAUGCGAGACAUCUUGCUGCAGGCCGCUCAGGUGGCCAAUGACAAGCAUGUCCAUGAUAGACACCUGAGCAACGAAGAUCUCCUCCUAACGAUGUUUGACUACCCGCUCAGGGUGUGUGCUUGGCUCGCCCAGAUGAAGGCCGGUAUGUGGGUACGCAACGGUCUCAGCCUUCGCCAUCAGAUGUCACAAUACCGGGGGGUGUCAUCUCGCGACUUUGCAUACUAUCGCGAUAUCUUCCUGCUCCAGACUGCUCUGGUGACGUGCGAUCCAAGCAGGGUUCUUGCAUCAAUUGCCGACCGAUUUGGUAUGGUGGACUGGAUGUGUAGAGGUUACAUCCCUCGUUCCGGCUACGAAGAUUCGCAGAUUGUGGAUGUCGCGGAGGAAUUUGUCCAUCUGCUGAUCAUCUUGAUUACCGAUCGGACAUCUCUGAUACCGAUUGAUGAUGACGCGAGCCUCACGCGUGAGAAUAUCAGCCGAGACAUCGCGCACGUCCUAUGCUUCAAGCCACUCUCCUUCUCAGACUUGUCAACCCGUCUCAGCGACAAGCUGCUCGAGACUGACAUUUUCCAAGAUGUCCUAGAGGAAGUGGCCACCUUCCGUCCACCUGAAGGCUUAAAUGACACGGGUACUUUUGAACUGAAGUCCGACUACAUCGAUCUUGUGGAUCCCUACAGUGCCCACUACAACAAGAAUCAACGAGAUGAGGCGGAGAGUAUUUACCGGAACUGGGUGGCCAAGAAGACCGGGAAAAAGGCAUCUGAUAUUGUUUUCGAGCCUAAGCUUCGGCCGAUUACGAGCGGCGCGUUUGCACGGCUAUCAGAGUUUACGAGAACGCCGCUGUUCGCUCAGAUUGUCCAUCAGUGUCUCGACUACGCACUGUGCUGCAAGGAUUGCACACCACAGAUUCCUGUUACCCGCGUGGAGACCUUCCUUCAAAUCGUGCUUCACUUGAUCCUCGUUGCUACAAUCGAGGAUGAUACCGACGAGGAUGACAUGGAAGACAAAUCGUCUCAUUCAUUUAUAUCACACGCGCUGUCGAAGUCCAGGACCACACAGGCUGGGAAUCUGACAAUUAUCGGUCUCCUGGAAAAGAUUUCCACCAUGAGCGAGUACGAGUCCUGCAGCGCGAAGAUCAUGCAUAUCCUCAAGAGGAUGUGGCAGAAGCGGCCCAACACAUAUGCAUCCGCAACUGCUACUCUGAAAUUCCCGUAUGAGAGGCUUGAUACCGGUUCCCCCGCAAGCAAUGCGGGGGCAGAACAGGAACUCAAGAAGAAGCAAGCAUUGGACCGACAAGCGCGAGUGAUGGCCCAGUUCCAGCAACAGCAGCAGAAUUUCCUGAAUAGCCAGGGAAAUAUCGACUGGGGAGAUGAAGACUUUAGCGACCUUGAGUCUGAAGAACAAGGUGAAGCUGAAACCAAGCUCUGGAAGUAUCCCAGCGGAACAUGUAUCCUGUGCCAGGAAGAGACCAAUGACUCGAGACUCUACGGCACAUUUGCCUUGGUACAGGACAGCGGCAUCCUGCGCCAGACUGAUAUCCGUGACCGCGACUGGAUUAGGGAGGUUCUCAAAACGCCUUCAAGCUUGGAUCGAUCUGCUGAGCAUCUUCGACCGUUCGGUGUGGCGGGAGAGAACCGCACCAUGGUUCGAAAACUCGACUCCUCGGGCGGUGAAGUGCUCACUGAGAAGAUUGGUCUGAGCAAAGGCUUCUCAUCUAAGAACACAGUUCGUGGACCUGUUACCACGGGAUGCGGGCAUAUUAUGCAUUAUUCGUGCUUUGAGGUCUAUUACAAUGCAACGCAGAGGCGUCAUACCCAACAAGUCGCACGCAAUCACCCGGAGCGUUUGUCUCUCAAAGAGUUCGUCUGUCCUCUUUGCAAAGCUCUGGGGAAUGCCUUUUUGCCCAUCAUCUGGAAGGGCAAGGAAGAGUCGUACCCGGGUGUCUUGAACACGGAGCAAUCUUUUGACCACUUCAUCGAUGUUGGCGUGAAAGAUACCUUGUCUCAAUCACCCAACUAUCCGCUGAUCAUGGAUAUGGACACGGUCCAAGCGCCUGCAUACCGGGAGGUCUUCCUCGAGUAUCUCACGAAGACACUAGUUCCGUCUCUGUCAUCGAAGAUUGAGCAGCUGAUGGUAUCGGUCUCUCCGCCGCCGUCCCAUCAAUUCCUCCCCACCGCGAGAAUGCCCAUGCCCGGGUUCUUCCCUUCUGCAGAGGAAAUCAAUCCGACCAGUCCGCUUCAACAAGGGCCCGCAGCUGCAGAGUCGCCAGUCGCUGAACUGGUCCAAAUCUACCGGAGAUUGAAGAAGACACUUCGUGUGAAUCUGAUUCAAUCCCAGUUCCCUCAUACGCCUGAGGCUAACAAUGGCGACGAACUGAUCUUCACUGACGCCCUGAUACGGAGCUUCGGGUACAGCAUUUCCGCCGUCGAGAUCGCUCAGCGGGGCGUUGAAUCCGAUCCUGGUGCCACCCUCCUAGACAAGAUCCCGCAGCUGACACUGACACAUCUUCGUGUCCUCGCGGAGACUGCGUACUCUUAUGCCGCAGUCGCUGGCAUAUCUAAUGGUAACGGCAAGAACCGUGCGCUUCAGGAGUUUCAAGAGAUGCAUCGCCAGAAGCUGUGUCAGUUAUUCGUUGGUCACCCUUGUAUGAAGGGGACGGCGCUGCUGGAUGAUGUCCGCAAUAUCGAGCCCUUGCUCGGGAUGGACAUAUUUGUGUUCCUCGCCGAAUGCUCCCUCUCGCUGUUACCUGUUCUCAACAUCGAAAUCCGGCACUUGAUCCAAAUGUGCUAUGUCGCGGAGAUUCUCAAGGUUGCUGUGACGUUUAUUCUGUGGCCUCUCGCGUUGAAGGAGGAACUGGCCGAGCAUGACGAUGAGGAGUAUCUACGAGCAGAGUCGGCAGAGGAAAAAUACACGGUCACUAGGCACUUUUUCGACACUGUUGUGGCGGAACUGAAAUCCAACUCCGUCGGACGGGCCCUGGGGUCUUCGUAUCCUGCAGAGAGUGGGUACGUAAAGGACGGCGAAGACUCGGCCACUCCGAGCGUUGUGAUGGCUUUGCGACGGCUCAUCUCCAGAUAUGCAUUGACAUUCCUCCGCAAGACGGUGAUUCUCCUGCAUGUGCAGCAUGGCGUUGACUUCCCGACCUCCGGUCUCGGGGACGAGAACAUGUCGGAGUUGGAUCGCCUCACCAAGGUCCUUCAGCUGCCGACUCUUGACGAGAUCUUUGCUUCCUUCUCGCCUGCCCGAAGCAGCUCCAACCCGUGGGACUAUGUCGUUUCUGGAUGGAUUUUCCACUGGAACGCGUCGCGCUCAGGAAUCCGCUUAGACGACCACCGGCUCUGGCCCAGCCUGUCUCAUCCGGCCAUCUUCGAGCUGAUCGGUCUGCCCAAGUACUACGAUCAGCUGAUCGAGGAAGCCAACCGGAGACGGUGCCCGAACUCGAAGAAGGAAUUGAGUGACCCCAGCAUCUGUUUGUUCUGUGGGGAUAUUUUCUGCUCGCAAGCGGUAUGCUGCAUGGACAAGAAGCUGGGUGGAUGCAACCAGCAUCUCAAGAAGUGUGGUAAGAAUGUCGGGUUGUUUAUCAACAUCCGGAAAUGCGCCGUCCUUUAUCUUCACAACCACAACGGUUCCUGGCAUUUUGCGCCGUAUCUCGACCGUCACGGAGAAGUUGACCCUGGCCUUCGCCGGAACCGUCAGCUCAUUCUCAACCAGAAGCGGUAUGACAAGCUGCUCCGUGACGUCUGGCUGUCACACAGCAUCCCUGCGACGAUCAGCAGGAAGCUAGAAGCUGAUAUAAACAAUGGGGGGUGGGAAACUAUUUAA